AUGAUUGCAGUCUCUGUGAAGCCAUUGUUCAUUGCCAUCUUCACAAUCUCUCUUUUCCUAGCUAUCGUUUUGCUGUCUCCUUCUUCUCCGUUUUCAGUACCCUCAUCGCUUCCUUCAACUAAACAAGCAGGGAAAUUGGAGAUAUGGAGUGCUAAGAGGCUUGUGGAGUGGAGGCCAUGCAAGUGGUGGAUUCAUGGAGCUCGCACCGCUCUACCAGCAGAGAGUCAUGGGUAUAUCCGUGUGGAUUGCUAUGGCGGCCUCAAUCAGAUGAGACGAGAUUUCUGCGAUGGUGUUGGCAUUGCCCGCUUGUUAAAUGCAACUCUGGUUUUGCCAAAGUUUGAAGCAGCAGCUUAUUGGAAUGAAUCAAGUGGAUUUGCAGAUGUAUUUGAUGUUGAUUACUUCAUUCAACAGAUGGAUGGCUUUGUUAAAGUUGUUAAAGAACUGCCAUCAGAGGUUGCAUUAAAAGAACCCUUCCCCGUAGACUGUAGCAAAAGAAAAGGCCAAUUUGAUUAUGUUGAAAGUGUUCUUCCGUCUUUAUUGAAAUACCAAUAUAUUUCAAUUACACCAGCAAUGAGUCAAAGAAGGGACAGGUAUCCUCGUUAUGCAAAAGCUGCACUUUGUCAAGCUUGUUAUGGCGCAUUACGCCUUGCAAGAACCUUGGAACAGAAAGCAGCAGAACUUCUGGAAGCUAUACCAAAACCCUUUCUUUCACUUCAUCUUCGAUUUGAACCUGACAUGGUAGCAUAUAGUCAAUGUGAGUACUCUGGCCUUUCUCCUUCUUCCAUGGAAGCCAUUGAAGCUGCAAGGGGAGACAGAAAACCAUGGACUGGGGAGUUGGCUCGUAUUUGGAGAAAACGAGGGAAGUGUCCCCUCACACCUAACGAGACAGCCUUCAUUCUUCAGGCACUUUCCAUCCCGACAGACACAAAUAUAUAUCUUGCAGCUGGGGAUGGCCUGAUGGAAAGUGAAGGUUUAAAAUCUAUUUACACCAACGUAGUCACCAAAUCUGCACUUCUCAGUGGUGAGGAUUUCCUAAAUAUGCAUGGGAACACAAAAGCUGCAUUGGAUUAUUAUGUAUCAAUCAACAGUGAUUCAUACGUGGCUACUUUUUUCGGGAACAUGGAUAAGAUGGUGGCUGCGAUGCGAGCUUAUAAGGGGUUGCAUAAUACCCUAUUCCUAAGCCGGAGAGCUUAUGCAGAGCUCACUUCUAAGGGCUUGGAUGGGAAGGAGUUGAUGCAAGCCUUAUGGGUGGCUCAUAAAGAAGAUUUUGCCUUGGGAAGAGGGUCUGCUUUGCCUGACUGCUUUUGUGAAUUCAAAUUGUGA